AUGCAUCACAUUUCCAUUGCGCAACUGGGCAUCCUCUACGUCCAGCAGACAGGGGACCGCUCAUUGUGCACUACGACUAGUCGCGGCGAAUCCUACUGCCCGUGUGUGUUUGAGUGCGGGAAUGGUAUUUGGAGAGGUGAUGGAGAGUGGAUGGGAGGCUUGGUGUUUGAGAAGGGGUGUGGAAAGUAUUGUCAUGCUGGGGUUUGUGACGGGUAG